UUUAGGGGCUGCUUGACAACCAGCACAAUGCGAUUCUGGCGACAGUUACACCACCACCCUCUGGUGGCCCCCUUCUCUUCGCGACAAUUGUCCCACACGAGGACCGAAUGCAGUGAUUUCCCGCGUCGAAUACUCGAAAGGAGAGGUUUGGAAGAGACAGAGUUACGACUCGAUCCUCAUAACUAUACAGGUGGAAGAUGGCUUCACCGAGACGAGCUCCAACGCAACGCUCGCCGCAUGAUGUUCGACUUCUCUGCGCUUUGUGAGAGAGCCACCCGCUUCUGCCCAGGGGCUACUAGGGUAGUCCACUGUGAAAAGAAGGAAGGGAGAUGCAAUAGGGUCUUUCUUCUUACAAUGAACACGGGCUCCCGUGUCGUGGCAAGAUUACCCACUAGUAUUAGUGGCCCUCCGAGGUUGACAACGAAUUCCGAGGUAGCAACAAUGGCAUAUUUACGAGGCAAGAUCUCGCUCCCGAUCCCCGAUAUCCUGGAUUGGAGCGAUGAUCCAUCAAAUCCCAUUGGCACGGAGUAUAUUAUUUAAGAGCAUGUGGCAGGUGUUCCCCUGCGUGAUAUGUGGCCUCGGAUGAACAUGGAACAGCAUAUGCUGUGUACAGAAGCGCUCUCCAUCGCGAUCAGAGAACUGGCAUCCUUUAAGUUCCCGGCCUAUGGGAGUCUGUACUUUGCAGAUGGGCCCCUGGAGUCGCACCUGAAGAUUUCUUUCGACCAGGGAUUCUCUAUUGGUCCAAGUUGCAGUCCGGUUUUCUGGAAUCGAAGUCCGGGCGAGCUUGAGCUUUAUGGGGUUCCCAGUUCAAAUUGUGGUCCUUGU